AUGGUUAGAAGAUUAUUCAAUUUCAAUAGGAAAAACAAUUAUAACGAUAAUGAUCACAAUAAGGAAAAUAAUUCGAGCUCGCCUCAAAAUGUCCCAUUAGAUGCAAGACCUCAAAUAUCUUCAUUUGAUGAGGAUGAUAAUAUUACUGAAGCAGAAGAACAAGAAACGAAACCAUCAUCUUCAAUAUUCUCAAAAGGUAGAUCGACAUAUCAUACAAGUAACUCGUCUGAUUUUAGUAGUGCUUUCCAUUCACAAAAAAAUACUCAUACCAAAUUACAAACAAGCUCCUCUACACAUUUCGGAGAUGUAGGCAAACCAUUAAAAGUAUUGCAAACUCAUAGAUUAGAUUCUUUAAAUAUUGUCCCUGAAGAAGAGCCAGAGAUAAUACUUCCUGAUGUCACACGAUCAUCAACUACUGGUCAUACAGAGCCAACACAAUUUGUAGAACCUAGUUUUGAUUCACAGGCUAAAGCUAUUGCAAUACCGCAACAGUCUCAACCACAAACUCUAAAUCAUGCAACUUCUACAAAAGAUUAUCAAUCUGUAACAGAUCGUUCAAAUAUAGAUGCGGUAAAGAAAGAACUACAUAUAUUAGAAACAAAUCUAUCUGAUCUAAUGGAUGAUAUUCAUCAAAAUGUAACAAAUAUAUCAAAAGCUGUUAUUGAAUCAAUUGAAUUCUUCAAAGAUUUUACUUUAAAUUUCGAUGAAUUGAAACUUCCCAAGACUUACAAGUUCAAUUUCCAAAAUAACUAUUCUUUAAGAGUCAUCACGAAAAUUGUAUUACAUUUCAUUGACAAUUUAUUGAUUUCAGAUGGACUUAGUAAUUCAAGAUCAAUCCUUUUAAGAAGAUACAUGUAUUUCCUUAAGAAAUUGGACAUUAGUAUUUUAUCUAAUGAUGAAACUACUAAUGAUACAGAUUAUUUUACAACAAUAAACAAUUUGAAUAGCAGUAACAUGUCAUCACAUCCUUUACCACAUAUGACAAAUUUUUGUAUCACUGAAGAAUCGAAUUUUCCAAGCACAAUUAAAAUUGGAGAAAUAAUGAAUAAAUUAACUAGGACAAAUUCAUCCACAAUUUCAGAACAAGAAGGUUCUUUCAUAGCACCAAUAUUAAGAGGUUUAAGUAAAAACUCCGCUAUAUUAACUAUAAUGUUUGGUAUUCCGAACUUAAAACAAGAUCAUUUAGAAAUGGUUAAAGUGUUAUAUUCAUUAUUCCCAGAUGUUCAUUUCUAUUGUUGUAAAGAUUAUAUCAAACCAUGUGCUGAUAUUCUAAAUCUACAACAAGAACAAAAUAUAUCAUCAUCAUCAACAACAACAAACCACCUUUUCGAUAAUAUACCGCCAUCGUCAGUGUCACAAUCACGAUAUCAAUUUUCUCCUCCUUAUAGAGUCGCACCUAAUCCAUUACAACCACCAAUCUCUAUGUCAAUAUCAAGAGAUGAAAACACUAAAAUAACUGGGACUUUAGGUGGUUAUAUAUUCCCACAAAUUGAUGAAUCAAACGCCAAACUAUCGAAAUUUGCUGGCUCAACUUUCGCUAUAACAUGUGCUCAUGUAGUUCUUUCCGAAUCUCAAGAAUUCCCUAAUGUUUCAAUACCUUCAACAAUACUUCAAACAGCAUAUAAAACUACAUUAAUUAACGAAGCUAAUAAGUACCCUAAAAAUUCUAAAGAACAGGUGGCAUUCAUAGAAGAAGCUUCUCACGUAGAAAGAAACAUUGAAUGGCAAAAAAAUAAUAAAUUUGGUCAAGUAGUUUGGGGUGAAAGAUCAAUAAUUGAUCAAAAAUUAUCUGAUUUUGCAAUAAUUAAAGUUGAUGGGAAAUAUCAUUGUGAAAAUACAAUAGGUAUUGAUCCAAAAUCUAUACCAGAUCCAACUUUAAGAUUCCAAAACACUUUAGUCAAGAAGAAAAUCUUAAAAGUGAAAUCCGGAUUGAAAGUUUUCAAAAUUGGUUCUUCAAGUAAUUUCACAACGGGACAAAUUAACGGUGCGAAAAUCGUUUAUUGGGCAGAUGGGAAAUUACAAAGUAGUGAAUUCAUUGUAUCUUCUCCUUCUCCAAUGUUCGCCACUGCAGGUGAUUCAGGGGCUUGGAUAUUGACUAAAUUGGAGGAUCAUGUUGGGUUAGGUGUUGUGGGAAUGUUACAUUCGUAUGAUGGUGAACAGAAACAAUUUGGGUUGUUUACUCCCAUUAGUAAUAUCAUGGAAAGAUUGAAUACUGUUACAGGUAUUCAAUGGGAUAUAGACAGACCAGUUAAAUAA